AUGUCUCCUUCUCUGGCUUCUGGAGGGUCUGCUGAUCUCUCUCCUCGUUUUGCAGAUUCUCCUGAGGAUUGGACAGUGGAGUGUGAAAUCAGGUCUGAGGAAAUAUUGUUUGGAUCUGAGCCUCAACUUCCAUAUCUGAGAUACACCCCGACUGGUGGAAAAGAUUCUCAGGAUAAAGACCAGCUGCUUUGGGAUCCUAGUGUUCUCCCGGAAAGAGACGUUGAGAACUACCUAAUGAGUGCAGCAAAGUAUCAGUUUGGGACUGGUGAAGCGUAUAAUGAAGAUGCAGAGAUUGUCAGAGAUAAUGAGCAGGCUCUCUAUGAAUUGGUUAAAUGUAGAUUUCACACAGAAGAAGCUCUCCGAAGACUCCAAUUUAAUGUCAAGGUAGUACAAGGUCAGCUGUGUGCUUGGAGUGAAGAUGAAUGUAGAAGUUUUGAGCAAGGAUUCCGGAUUUAUGGGAAAAACUUUCAUCUCAUCCAGGCUAACAAGGUGCGCACACGGUCAGUAGGUGAGUGUGUCCAAUUUUACUACAGUUGGAAGAAGUCUGAGCGUUAUGAUCAUUUUACCCAGAGUCGAAUGGGGAGGAGAAAGCAGCUGAUAAAUUCAGCAUCCUUAGAGUAUGAAAGUGAUGUGCCAAUUUCAAAGUGUCAGUAUGGACUGCGUGGAUCUGUAUUAAACAAAGGAGUUGGAGCUGGACCCAAGAAGAGCUCCUCUCAGGACAGUACCUGUACCUGCAAUAAAGACCAAUUUCCUUGCAGACUUCACACGUCCCCUUGUUCUAACCAGGAGGAUCAGCAAGUGUUUGGCCUGCACAAUGAAUCAAUCAGCCCUGACCCACACCAGUCAGAACCACCCUCAUUACCUGUUGCAAAAAAGCAAGAUCAUCCUUUGGAAGAAUUAAACAUGGCUGACUUACCUCUUCACAGCUUCUUGUCAAGGCAAUCAUUUUUUUGCACUGGUUCUUAUUCUUCCUAA